UGGGAGGAUGGAGAGAACCUUUUCAUUCCUAAACCCAGCAGGUGUUGUGCAGUACAGUAAGCCAGAUCUCAGGCUAGUCUGACCACAGGUGAGCGAGAGCGCUUCACAGCCCUAAUGAAAGGAGGAAGUGGCCAGUGUGUGAUUGUGUGAUCGCUGGAGCUAGGCGAACAGGUGCUUCUGUAAACUGACACGACUCUUUCAUUCAUCUAAAGGAACAGAGGCACUUCAAGAAAACAAAAGGCGAUGGAGGGGGGGGAACGGCACCAUGAAUGACAACGGAUGACUGCUGCAAAUUGGCCAGAGACUUGAGGAGGCUGUCCGCAGAAAAGGGACUCCUUUGUCACAGCGGUGGGGUUGGAGACUCAGGAGACAAGAAGGAUACAAAAGAGAAAACAAACAGUUGAUCCACACUGAAGUGUAAAUGGCCUGCCUGUCAAACCUCAAGGACCAAAGCGAUAUAAACCCAUAUGUGCGUCUGUCCCAGCGUCAGUGCAUGUUUGUGCUGGAGAGGACAUGAUCACAGGGGCAGCAUAUUUUCUGAGUAUACCGCGGUUUCUCUUGUGUCCCACCAGACACAACAGAUUCUUUUUUUGUCUUUAACAAAACUGAAGCUACUGACUGCACUCAUCAGUGAGCCAGCCUUCCUGUCAUCGUAACACACCUGUGGAUUUCAACACACAUUGCCCGUCCACAUUCUCCACAGUGACUGCAUAACUUUGAGUUGUUUCUAUUUUUCCUCUUGGACUGUUGUCAUAUAAUUAUGUUAAGUCUUUGUUUUUGUUUGACACUGAAUGGUAUGUUUUUUCCUGCAUUUUUGAAACUCUUUUUGAAACCACACUGGCUAAAUCCUUCUCUGAGCUGACCAGACCUAAUGGAGGGCUAUGAGAAAUGGAGUACCAAAUAUAUAGCAAAACCACUGGAUGCUCCGAGAAAGGGGGGGUUACUGAAAGAACAAUGUUCAAACUCUAUUGACUAAUCGGUUUUGUCUGCAUGGUUAUAUUAUAGUUCUGCAUAUCAGCCAUCCAGACUUGGAUUUACUGAAGGACUCCUCUUGAGCAUGAGUGUGCCAGUCCGAUCCGCUGUUAUGAAUCCGAACACACUGCCCAAGUCAUCUGGCGCGAGGAGCGGUGCUCUCUCAGCUGAGUCACGGUCAGACAGUGCAGCGGCUCCGUCUGCGAGCCGCCCUGCGCAGGGUUCAGCCACGGUGCGCUUCACCGUGCGGUCCGCCAACUCUCGCUCGAACCUGGGGCUCAGGACCGCAUCGCUGAGAAGCGCGCGACACGCCUUUCAGGAGGAGGCCAGCAGGAUGGAGAGAGAGGAGAUCAAAGGAGUCUCCGCUGGCCCUCAGCCGUACGUCCCCGCAGGGAACCGCACAGACGGGGACAGAGGCAGAGGUCCGAAUCGUGUCAAAUUUACACCCGACACCAAGGUGACCGCUGACACGGGGGCGACCCAGAGUUCCACCGCUAGCGAUGCAAAACCCAGAUUCAGUACGGACGAUACGGAUGCUCCAGGAAAGGCCUGCAGCCCACUAGGAAGUGCAAGAGGAAGGACUGAGUGGAGGAAGGAGAGCAUGCAAAGCAGGAGCAAGAGCCUGGACUGGAGGGGCAGAGUAGAUGACGGAGGCAGAGCAGGGAUCCAGAACCUCUCGACUGGAGCCGCAGCCAGACGAGCAGAGAGUUUGGAGAGGAGGGAGGUGGAAAACAGCAGCCUUGAUAGGAAGGCAUCAUACAAGGACUAUGGGGAAGCUGGCAGUGUGUCAUCUCACAUACAGGCAUACUCUGCCGGAAGAGGGAGUGAGAAGGCUUUACCCACACUGGGAGAGAGAGUAACGGGGACCUCAUCGCUGAGGUUGAAUCGAGUAGUCAGUACUUUGGAUAGGGCGGGAGGGGAACGGUCAUUGCCGCUGCGACUCCGACCUCAAGACAGCCUGAAGUCGCCUGUGGAGGGACGACCUCCGUGGAGGCAGUUAAGUCAGGAGGAUUCGGGCCUGGGUGGAUCGAAAUCGAAUGAAGUCACUGGAAACCAAACUAUCUUGGAUCGAAUCGAGAGGCUUUAUGGAAUGAGUGGAUCAGAUGAUGCAAAAGCCAAGCGGCAUUCUGCUCCUGUUGGUGACUGGCUUGACAACUUGCCUUCCGAUCUGACUCCCGGCCAAAGAAAGUUGAGUUCAGAUAUUGGUAGCCCAUCCUACACCCUCCAUAGCCCUCGGUCACCGACGUCUCAUAAUGUAGAGAAGGGAGGAACCUUCCCCAGGAGGUUUAGUCCAGGUGACGACAAUUUCUCGCGGAGAGACACUUUACCCAGUCUGAGCACCUCAGUGGCCCCAGUGGCUUCACGAUAUCGGGAAAGAUCCAUCGAGAGGAAAACUCUCCCUCCGGAGGUGGGUCUCUACACCAAGUCUCUGGACAGAGCCAGAAGCAGGCUCUCGGCCACAGCUCAGCUAAAACACCUGAGAGAGACAGAGACGCCAUCCAAAGAGUUCAGCAAAGAAACGGUCUCCUCACAUCUGAAAAGCUCUGGUGUUGUCAAGGAAAGCAGUUUAAAAGAAGAACAGUCAAAAGUUACUAUGGAUAAGGACGUCGCAGGGUGGAAAGCAAAAGAGAGCGUGACUGCCAACAGAGGAGACGAAAGCCGAUGCAAAUUUGGGAAAUCUGAUUGCCUAGAUAAACUCAGCAGGACAAAAGAUUCUCAAGAGACAUUAGCUAUGGCUAGCAAAACAUCAGAGUCAAAUGUUGGCAAGAUUCCAAAAAAGGAAUAUUCCUCAGAUAAAGGUUUUGCAAUUCCACCUAAUGCCCAGGCCUCCCCAACAAAGCAGUCCAUCAAUAGUACAGUAGAUGAGGACGUAUUUGACACGCGCGUCAAAUCAGUGAAUGGCCCAAUCGGAAAGCAAGACGCCAAGAAGGGUCAAUCUAAUAACCCUUCGAUGGACUCGGUGCGGAACACUAUCCAUAAGUUUGAGGCCCUGGCCCAGAAAACCAGAACUGCCCCCCAGUUCCUGAAGUCCAGAAGAUUCUUUUCUGUGCCAGAGCAUCCAAAGGACAGGGGAGGAUUGAAGAAAAGUGAAUCUGAUCAUGCUUUGGCCAGGAGAACGCAAGAGAGUAUGAGGGGGAACCCACAUGACAAAGCUUGGACUAUGAGAUCAAUCUCUGUGGAUGAGAUCGGACUGAACCAAGAUAACUCUGACAAGUUUGAAAUGGGCUUGAAGGGUGGAAUUCAAAAACCAUCCUCAAAAGGAACAGACCCCAAAUCACAUGGAUCAAAAGAUGUGGAUGAGACAGAUUCUCGUGCUCUCUUUGCUAUCAGAAACACAGUUACAGUUCAGGACUGCGUUAAACGCAGCAGUAAACCAGAGCACACACUCUUCCCAUAUCACCAAAACAAUCACAAUAAUAAUUCCAACCGGAGAGCCGUAUUUGAGCAGAAUGACUUGGAAACCCCCGGGAGUUUCUCAAAAGUUUCAGACGCUUCAGAGGAUGACGCAGACAAGACGCCCACCAACUCUCCCGUUAGUCUCCCCUUGUUUCCUAGCUUUAAUGGCUAUGACCCAACCCCAUUCAAACCGCCCACCCCCACAAACAGCGACAUCCACCCUCCUUCUGAUGCUGACUCUGAACCGCCCACCCCCACAAACAGCGUCCACUCCACCCGGGGGCCUCUGCUGAUCCGUCAUGGUCCUCCAGGGCUCACCAGUUGCCCUCCCCUUGAUAGACUGACUCUGCUGGACAAGGGUGGAGGCUCAGGGCCUUUCAGCCCGUCAGUAGCCAGGUGGAGCUCGGACGAGGAGGAGGAUGAUGAUGAUGAUGACGGCACGCAGAGAGACAGUGACUCGGACUCAGGUGAAUCUUCGGUGACCAUCACCAGUAACAUGAGCCGGAGGAGUUUCUCAGUCAGUCUGGCGGAGCUGUGUAAUUUCGGAGGAGUGGACUACUCUCCCCUAGAUGACAGCGAGGACGACGCUGACGACUGGCCCUCUGGCCGCUCAGCCUCCCUGAGCUCGGACAUCUCUGCCGUGUCCUGUGUCACGCUCCUGGACAACGAGGAGCUGGACAGCCUCCUGCAGGAUGUGCGAAACCUUGGGGAUGACGCCUUACAGAACUAUGAUGACGUCCAAGUGGUGGUCCUGCACAAGGAGGUCGGCACUGGUCUGGGUUUCACUGUGGCAGGAGGAAUUGACCAAAACAAGCCAGUCACAGUGCACAAAGUCUUCUCGCAUGGCGUGGCAGGGCAAGAGGGCUCCAUUCAGGAGGGGGACCUGGUGCUGUCAAUCAACGGCACGACGCUGCAGAGCUCCGGCCACUGGGAGGCGCUGCGCACACUGCGGAAGGCCAGGGGGCGGGGCAUGGCUGUAGUGGUACUGCAGAGAGCCAGAGUCGGCCAUUCCCCUCAGAAACGGACCAAUCCUGAGAAAGGAACUCUGAUCACAGAUGUAGGAGAGUCAGGUCGGCAGCUGCGGGUGACACUGAAGAAGCGAAGCUCUGAUCUUGGCUUCAGUCUGGAGGGAGGAGUGGGCUCCAGCCAAGGGGACAGACCCCUCAUUGUCCAAAAGCUCUUCCAAGGCGGACCCGUUGAAGACGUCCGUCCUGGUGAUGAAAUACUGGAGAUCGAGGGCCACAGCAUGACUGGACUCAUGCGUUUGGAAGCCUGGCAGCUGAUCAAGAAGCUUCCCAUAGGCACCGUGGAGCUGUUGCUACGCCGACCGUCCAAACCACACUGACAAACUCACUGCCAACACAAGUCCUAUCAUUCUUACCAGUACUGCCAUAGCAACUAUUUAAAGAGUAUUCUGAGCACUGGAGGACCUCUCGAAGUGUCUGGUAAGCAGACAGCAGAGAGGCAUGUUUUUGUAUCAUUCCUUGUUUUACAAAGCACAAUUUUUGUAUCCAUUGCGUCCAUUAUUGUAAAACAUGUAUCUGACCCUUUGAAGUUAUACUUGUUUAUCUUUUAAUAAAAUAUAUAAAUCUUUGUAUUUUGUAAUAA